CUUUCUGACUUGUCAGGCAGACAAUUUGCAAUCAGGACAGUGUGGUUCCUGCACCUAUCCUCACCAGCAAAUCAGCCAGAAGACUGUGUUGGUAGGAAACUCCAAGAGAUUAUUUUAGCCACCCACCCACUGUGCCUUUGGGUCCCCUGGAUAGAGAAAGAACUGAGGAGAAUGGCAGAAUUGAAGUACAUGUCAGGAUUUGGGAACGAAUUUGUCUCAGAAGAUCCACGCUGCCCUGGAGCUUUACCAGAGGGACAGAAUAACCCGCAGGUCUGCCCCUAUGGUCUCUAUGCAGAACAGCUCUCAGGCUCGGCCUUCACCUGCCCCAGGCCCACCAAUAAGAGGAGCUGGCUCUAUAGAAUUCUGCCCUCAGUCUGCCACAAGCCCUUUGAAUGCAUUCAUGAAGGCCAGGUGAUACAUGACUGGGAUGAAGUGGAGCCUGACCCCAACCAGCUGAGGUGGAAGCCUUUUGAGAUCCCGAAGGCCUCUCAAAGGAAGCUGGACUUUGUGAGCGGGCUGCACACACUGUGUGGAGCCGGGGAGCCCAGGUCACGCAACGGAAUCGCUGUCCACAUCUUCCUCUGUAACACCUCUAUGAUCAAUAGGUGUUUUUAUAGUUCAGAUGGUGACUUCCUGAUCGUACCACAGCAAGGAAAGCUGCUGAUUACCACUGAGUUUGGCAAGCUGCUGGUGGAGCCCAGUGAAAUCUGUGUCAUUCAGCAAGGGAUGCGUUUCAGUGUGGAGGUGUUUGGAGAAACCAGGGGCUACAUCCUGGAGGUAUACGGGGUGCAUUUUGAGCUACCAGACCUGGGACCCAUCGGAGCCAAUGGUCUGGCUAACCCUCGAGAUUUCUUAGUGCCAGUUGCCUGGUAUGAAGAUCGCCAAGUGCCAGGUGGUUAUACAGUGAUCAGCAAGUAUCAGGGCAAGCUGUUUGCAGCCCAUCAGGAUUUCUCCCCAUUCAAUGUCGUGGCCUGGCAUGGAAACUACACACCAUACAAGUACAAUCUGGAUAACUUCAUGGUCAUUAAUUCUGUUGCUUUUGACCACGCGGACCCUUCCAUUUUCACUGUCCUGACGGCCAAGUCCACCCGUCCAGGAGUGGCUCUUGCGGACUUCGUCAUCUUCCCGCCUCGAUGGGGGGUGGCUAACCACACCUUCCGGCCACCCUACUACCACAGAAACUGCAUGAGUGAGUUCAUGGGGCUCAUCAAAGGGCAUUAUGAGGCCAAGGAAGAAGGGUUCCAGCCAGGAGGGGGCAGUCUGCACAGCAUGAUGACCCCCCACGGGCCAGACGCUGAGUGUUUUGAGAAGGCAAGCAAAGCCAAGCUGGAGCCUGAGAGAGUAGCAGACGGGACCAUGGCCUUCAUGUUCGAGUCCUCCUUCAGCCUGGCUGUUACCAGGUGGGGCCUCAAGACUUCCAACUGCCUAGAUAAGAGCUACUAUAAGUGCUGGGAGCCACUGAAGAGUCAUUUCAACCCCAGGAGCAAGUAAACAGAAGGGCUCACUGUACUCUCAGGCCAAGUACAAGGAUGGGAAAAAUCUGCAUGUGCAUGCAGAAGGGCUAGAAAGUUCAGUGCAUCAAGCACCAUUACGGUACAGUCAUUACAGAAGCAGCAACCAAAUAAAUGAAUUAUCCUUACAAGCCUGUGUAACUUGUGAACAGCAAUUAAAAA